AUGCCGCCACCAAUGCCUAACCCCGCGAAGCGGAUGACUGCAAACCCUGCGCGACCCGUUGCAAGGUAUCGUCCCGGCAAACCAAUUGCGGAGGAAGAAUCGUCUGACGAGGAUGAAGAAUCAGAGGAAGAGCAGCAGCAACCACCGCCACCCCAGAGGAAGCCGCCGACCACGAGACCACGGCCGCCUACCACUCAGCCACCUCGACAAGAGGAAAGCGACGAGGAUGAUGAGGAAGGCUUUGUUACAGAAGAGGAAGAGGAUGAUAAUGCUGCGAUUACAAAACAUGUGCAACCGCCGCCUAAGGAUACAGCACCUUCCACCAGACAGGCUCCGAUAAGGCCGGAAUCUACAAGAGAAGAAUCUGCGGAAGACGAGGAAUCAGAAGAAGAGGAGUCCUCAGAGGACGAGGAAGAGGAGGAAACCUCGUCCGAAGAAGAACAGCCUCGGCGAAAAUUCCAGCGCCCAACAUUUAUCAAGAAAUCGGAUCGGAAACCUUCCACACAAGUCUCUGAUGCCCGUCCUGAAGCAUCUGCAACCCCAGACCCGGAAGUAGACGUCCAAACCCGGCGUCUCGCCCAAGCUGAACUUCUAAUAAAAGACAAACUCGAACGUGAUGCCCUUGCCCGCGCCCAGGGCAAAAAGGCAUGGGACGACGAUGACGAGAUCCUGCCGGAAUCCAUGGUGGACGACACUGACGGUCUCGAUCCUGCCGCUGAAUACGCAGCCUGGAAACUUCGGGAACUGAAGCGCCUGAAGCGCGACCGGGAGGCACUGAUUGCACGGGAAAAGGAGCUUGAAGAGAUCGAACGGCGGCGCAAUCUGACUGCGGAGGAGCGGGAGAAGGAAGACCAAGCAUAUCUGGAAAGACAGAAACAGGAGCGUGAAGAGGGUCGUUCCGAGGCCACGUUUCUGGCACGAUACCACCAUAAAGGCGCAUUUUUCCAGGGUGACGAGACGGCCGAGUUGCUCAAGAGGAGAGAUAUCAUGGGUGCCAGGUUCGAGGAUCAGGUUACCGACAAAUCUACUUUGCCCGAGUACAUGCGGCUGCGGGACAUGACGAAACUAGGGAAGAAGGGAAGAACAAGAUACACUGAUCUCAAAGGUGAGGAUACUGGCCGCUUUGGGGAUGAGGUGAAGAGAUGGAAGGGCAGUGGUGGUGCAGGACCAAAACCCGGGUCAGGGGCAUUUGACACGAGAGGCCUGGAUGAGCGGUUUUUGCCCGAUGAUGAUCGAGGGGGUGGGAGAAACGGCCCUACUGGCGCAAAUGCAAGUGCUGUUGCGCCCCGACGUGACGACAUGGAGAGAAACAGAGACUCGUAUCGAGACUCGUACCGGUCUCGAGACAGUGGUCGUGAUCAGCGGGACGACAGAGACUGGAACAGAGACCGACGGAAACGCUCAUAUUCGCGGUCGCGAUUGGGCUCUCGCUCCCGGUCCCGCUCUCCUCGACGGCGGAAGAGGGAACAUUCGUACGAGCGGGACUCGAGAGAUCACGGACCCUACAACCACCGACGAGACAACCGUGCGAAGGUCUGA